UUUAAAUUCACUUUAACCCUCUUAAGUCUCUAGUUUUGCUUCAUUUCCCCAACCAUUAUCUGGUUUAUGAUUUAUUAGUCCUUGCAACUUUGCUUCAAUACCAAUUUUGUCACACGUACUUGAGAUUCACAUUCAAACACAUUUUCGCCAUUGCUCUUCUUCUUCUUCUUCAUCACCACCAUGUCCUCAACCACCGACCAACCCGAAUUACGAAGCGAAGCAAAAGAAUCUCCGGCCACCGUAACAGAUCCCGAAGCAACAGGCUCCGUAGAUCCGAACCUCGACGAAUCCACUGAUGCAGAGGCCGAAAAAUCUCACGAGAAAUUCACGAAUUCCAAUGAGGCGAGUGAUUCAGAUCGAGUAGAAGAAGUUUCUGGAGAUGUACAAUCAAACGAUGCAGAGGCGGAGAAAUCCGCGAAUCCCGAGGCAAAUGAGAGAGUCGAAGAAGUUUCUGGAGAUGUACAAUUGAACAAUGCAGAGGCAUCUGAAUUGAUCCAAUCGAAUGAUCCAGAUCCGAAAACGGAGAUCAACGUGAAGCAGUUAAAAAAGGAUGAGGGUAGCAGAACAUUCACAAUGAGAGAGUUGUUGGAUGAAUUGAAGAAUGGUGAUGUCAAUGAAGAUUCUGAACCCGAAAGACGCCAAAGCGAUACGCCUCACAGUCAACAGAGCAGUCAGCAGCUCGCAGACAGUAAUGCUGCCUUGGAGUUGAUUAACAGCGUCACAGGUGCUGACGAGGAGGGCCGAUCUCGGCAACGGAUUCUAACAUAUGCUGCCCGGAGGUAUGCUAGUGCACUAGAGCGAAAUCCAGAAGAUUAUGAUGCGCUUUAUAAUUGGGCACUGGUUCUUCAGGAAAGUGCAGAUAAUGUAACCCCAGAUUCCACUUCACCUUCAAAAGAUUCUUUGCUUGAAGAGGCGUGCAAAAAGUAUGAGGAGGCAACUCGUCUUUGUCCUACGCUGAAUGAUGCUUACUACAAUUGGGCCAUUGCAAUAUCUGAUCGAGCCAAAAUCCGGGGUCGUACAAAAGAAGCUGAAGAACUUUGGAAGCAGGCAACAAAGAACUACGAAAAGGCUGUCCAGCUCAAUUGGAACAGUCCACAGGCAUUGAACAACUGGGGACUUGCCCUGCAGGAACUCAGUGCAAUUGUCCCUGCAAGAGAAAAGCUAACAAUUGUCAAAACAGCAAUUAGUAAGUUUCGUGCAGCAAUCCAACUUCAAUUUGAUUUCCAUAGGGCAAUCUACAACCUUGGAACUGUUCUGUAUGGAUUAGCAGAGGACAUGUCAAGAACAGGGGGAGCUGUUAAUGCUAAAGAGAUUUCUCCUAAUGAGUUGUACAGCCAGUCUGCGAUUUACAUUGCUGCUGCACAUGCACUGAAACCGAAUUACUCGGUUUAUACAAGUGCCUUGAAGCUUGUGCGAUCUAUGCUACCUCUGCCCUACCUAAAGGUCGGAUAUCUCACUUCACCACCUGCUGGUAGUCCGCUCGCACCACACAGUGACUGGAAGCGUUCUCAGUUUGUUUUGAAUCACGAAGGACUUCAACAGAUCAGUAAAGUUGAUCAAAGACACAUGUCAAGAAACCUUUCAUCAACUUCAGCAGAUACAAGUCCCAGUAGACAAGCAAUUAAAGUUGAUGUGCCAGAUAUCAUCUCUGUAUCAGCCUGUGCGGAUCUUACAUUACCACCUGGUGCAGGUCUCUGUAUUGAUACGAUUCAUGGGCCAGUUUAUAUGAUCGCUGAUUCAUGGGAGUCUUUGGACUGGUGGCUUGAUGCGAUUCGCUUGGUUUACACGAUAGGUGCUAGAAGCAAGAGUGAUGUUUUGGCAGGCAUCAUCACUUCUUAAGCUUUUUGCCUGUAACUAUGUGAUCAACCUCAAAGGCGGCUUUCCUGCUAGAGAAAAGCCCGAUUUAAUAGCCUCUGGAGUCUGCAGCUAAUGUACACUUGUAUAUUAUUUGAUUUAUCACAUGAAAUGAGGUUCAUUGAAGUUCCUCUUUUAAGCGGAUGUACGUCCAGGACUACAAAUAUUUGAGCUCGUAUUGAUGUUUCAUAGAUGUGGAUUAAGGAAGAGACUUUUGUCAAAUUUAUUCUUAGAGGCUUUUUAUUGUUUGCCUAAGGGGUACCAUCGUCUAUUGAGUUGAUUUGCUUAUUUAAAUUGAUGCAUAGCAUUUUUAGUCAUGCAUUUAGUAAGAAUUUGAGACAUAUUCAGACAUUGUAAACAAGAUUGAUCAUAGCUAGUGUACUUACCAUUUUUCAGGGUUUUCCUGUUGUUUACUA